AUGAAAUUAUUUACAACCAUUGCAUUAUUGGUUGCUUUUUUAGCAAUCUUCUCCAUCCAAACCACAUCUGCUGAUGCUUUAGAGUGCAGCGUCUGCACCUACGUUCUUUCAUACGUUGAGGAUUUCGUUCAACAAAACAAGACUCUUGCUGAAAUCGAAACUGGUCUCGAUAUUGCCUGUGCCGUCUUACCAAAGACAUGGAAGGAUGACUGUGAUGUUAUUGUUGACUCUUAUGCACCAUUGAUGGUCAAGAUGUUGAUCAACAAGGAAAACCCACAAACUAUUUGCGGUCAAGUCAAGCUCUGCAACACUUCUUCCGUCGUUGAAGCUGAAGCCAAGCACUUUUACAAGCUCGUCAGACAAAACAAGGUCGCUGAAGCCAAGGUUGCUGCCAGUGGUCUCGAAUGUGACUUGUGUGGUUACAUUGUCAACUAUGUUGAAACCUACGUUGCCAACAAUGCCACUGAAUCUCAAAUUCUCCAAUUCCUCGACAAGGAUUGCAACAUCCUUCGUAACAGUGAAUGGGUAUCUGAAUGUCAAACAUUGGUUAACGACUAUGCUCCAUUGAUCAUCCAAUACCUUGAAAACAAGGAACCAGCCGCCACCGUUUGCAGCCAAAUCAAGCUUUGCCCAACCAACGGUAACAAGUCUGGCAAGCCAUGUGCUGAAAAGAAGCAAAAGGCCCUUGGAAAUGAAGAAUGUGCCGUCUGCACCUUUGUCGUCUCUUAUGCCGAACAACUCCUCGCCGACAACAAGACCUUGGGUCCAAUUGAAACCUUUUUGGAAGCUGAAUGCGACAAGUUCCUUCCAAAGUAUGCUUCUACCUGUAACGCUGCCAUCAGCAACUACCUCCCAGAAAUCAUCCAAUACCUUGAAAACGGACAAACUCCAGCCCAAGUUUGCCAAGAAAUCAAGUUUUGCACUGCCCCAAGUGCCAAGGCCACCGAAUUCAAGUACGUCAAGGAAAACAAGAUGAGACACCAUGCCAUCAAGAAGGCCACCAUCACCAAGAAGGCCGUCGAUGCCACUUUCUGCAGUGCCUGUGAGAUUGUCGUCCAACAAGCCGUCCGUUACCUCGGUAACAACGCCACCGACCAAGAAGUCCUUGCUUUUAUUGAAAACGAUUGUACCUUCUUUAGAAACCAACAAUUCGUUCAAGAAUGCCAAACCUUUGUCACCAACGAAGGUGAAACUGUCAUCAAGUACAUCAUCUCCAAUCCAAACCCAGAGACCACUUGCACUGACCUCCACUUUUGUUCCUCUGAUGCCCAAAUCAUCCACAAGGCUUCAAAGGUUCCACAACGUCGUAUGAAGUUAAACUAA